GGCGCGAGAGCGCAUCGUGCUAAACGCGCGCUGAUUGGCUGCACAGGCCAGUGGACGGAUGCGUGCGCGAGACACAGCAAACUCCUGUGUGCAAGGAGACGCCACCGCCGCGGCCCCAUUAUCCAGCACGAACAGAAAAACACCCGAAACCUCUUAGGAAGUUGUGUUUGAACGCUUAAACCCUAAGAUCAUCUUUGUCCUGAGCUCACAGCCUAAAAUCUAAAACAAUUGGACAGUUUUCUCCGUGAGCCGGCAAGCAGACAGCCACUGUUGCUUACACAAAAGUAAAGGUUCAAAAACAGACAUGGGAAAGAAGACCCAGAACCGUGAAGAUGAGGGUUCUGCCUCCUCAGAAGAGGAAGAGUAUGUGGUGGAGAAGGUUUUGGACAGGAGAGUCGUGAAGGGUCGUGUUGAAUAUUUCCUUAAGUGGAAAGGCUUUACAGACAAACACAACACGUGGGAACCAGAAAAAAACCUGGAUUGUCCUGAGCUUAUUUCUGAGUUCAUGAAGACGUACAAAAAGGGAAGCAGUGGGAGCACGCCCACCAGUAAGACCCCCACCACCGGCUCUUCUGCAGCCCGGUCCAAAGACAGCAGCAGCAGCAGCAGUAGCAGCACCAGCAAGAGGAAAAACUCAGAGGAGGAGAACGGCAGUGGUAGCAAACCCAAGAAGAAGAAAGAGGAUGAGAUUCUUGUAGCAAGAGGAUUCGAGCGAGGUCUAGAGCCAGAGAAGAUUAUCGGAGCAACAGACUCCUGUGGAGACCUAAUGUUCCUCAUGAAAUGGAAAGACUCGGAUGAGGCAGACCUUGUGCUUGCAAAAGAAGCCAAUCACAAGUGCCCGCAGAUCGUCAUCGCCUUUUACGAGGAGCGUCUGACUUGGCACGAAGAUGGUGAGAAGAAGGAGAAGAGUGCCGCAGCGGUUUAAAGGACCCGGGGGGGAGGAGGCAGGGAGAAACUAAGUCCUCCUAACUUCGUCCCCUGUGUCGCACCAGCGACACUCUUUUAGCCAACUUUUAACGGACCAUUUGAAAGAGGAACGGCCAGCUAGUGAAGGAGGUUACUGCCCAUCAUGACGGCCUCCGUCCAACCUUCAUGAAAAACAUCUCACCAUUCUCAAGGCAUCUUCGAAAGGUCGCAGAGAAUAAUGGUGGAAUGUGAUAUUUUUCUUAUUCUCUCUGAUCUUCCUUCUGUUUUGACAUGAUUUGUGUAUUUGUGCCCCUACAACAAUGUUCUUAUGAUGUGUUGUGUGCUAGUAUAGAUGUGCAACCCGUACACGGCGAAGUUUUAACUUGAUUUUGUAGUAUUGCUCGACAUGACUGAAUUUAUCAGUUUUACAUCUAUAACCCUGGAUGGAAAGCAGCAUCCCAGUCCAUGUUUUUUCUUCUUUCUAUCUCCCUUUUCUGCUUGGUUGUAAAGUUAUUUUCAAACUAAGCUAAUAAUGUUUUAUCUGGGCCAAAAUUAUGUCCUUGUUUGCUUAUAAACUUACAUUAAAGCAGAAUUCAAUGUACAGUUACUUGAUUAAAAUGCAUAGAUCUGAUCACUCAUCGGUAUCAGUUAAAUGAUUCCUCUAACAUGUGAAUCUAACAACAACAACAACAUUCCUAGUUUCAAUAUUGGCCUUUUAAGCCUACCUUUUUAACUAAUCAGUAUUGCUUACCAAGAAGGACAGACAAUCGUUCUUAUGCAAGUGUGAAAUGGGAGAUGUUUUUUUUUUACCUGUUUUUCACACUUGUUAAACACAUUUGUUUUCUAGUCUGACAGCACACCCCCUCUUGUGGCUGAUUCGGUGAACACAUUCCCACCAUCGCCCAUGAAACAAAACCGUCUGAUAGUUUCACCAUAUGUCGGGUUUUUAAUUUGAACCUAGAGUUGAAUCAAUAAAAUGCUGUUUAUCAAGGUUAUGUGACCACACUAGAGGUUUGUUUUUAGUAGUUGUUUUGUUUUCAUUGUUAAACCACUGGAUCGAAGAUACAUUAGAUGAGUCUACAGGACUGGCCAUGUAUUAUUUUCAAAGGGGAAAUAGUUUAUGUAUGGAUACAAUCCUCUUUAACAGUUUUUGAUUUGGUUAUUCUCUAGUUUCAUUAAAUGAGAUGGAAUUGUUGUAAAGGGAAAAGGUUUUAAAAACGAGGAUGAAAGUUUUUUUUUUUUAGGGGUGAUAUGGUUUUUGUUGUAUUACAAAAGGACCUUCCCUGCCAUGAUCAUUUAAAGAUUACUCUGUUCUAGUAGUUGUUUUUAAUACGUGCAUCAUUAGAUGUCUUAUACUGUUAAGUGCACAGCCUUUUUAUGUCUUGUACCAAAUUGUAGUAAAACAUAGUUUUCAACACCAAUUGUUGGAAAUUUUAUGGAAAAUCCUGGAUCUUUGACUCUUAGUCACGUGAGAAAUAAACUUCAUCCUAACUGUA